CUCCUCCUCCUGCUCUCCUUCUCUUCUUCUUCUUUUGCUUCUUCUGUCGCUUCUGCUCCUGUUCCUGCGAGGAGGAAGAUGCCGUCGGUGGGCUGCUUGUCCCUCCGGGGCCCCCUCUUCCUCCUCCUCCUCCUGUUCGUGGGCGUCUCCGCCGGAGAAGGCGACUCCCCUCCGGAGGUGCAGACGGGACAGGGGUCCCUGCGUGGGCAACGCCUGCAUGUCCCAGGGUCGGAGCGCCCCGUGGAUGUCUUCCUGGGGGUCCCCUUUGCCCCCCCUCCCCUGGGACCCCUGCGCUUCUCCCCCCCGGGGGCCCCACCGUCGUGGACCGGAACCCGGGAUGCCCAGGCCCACCCGCCCAUGUGUUUGCAGGAUCCCGUCACGGGGCAAGUCCUGUCGGAUGCCUUUACCAACAAGAAGGAGAAGGUCUCCUUGGACGUUUCCGAGGACUGUUUGUACCUCAACAUCUUCUCUCCGGUCCGUGCGGACAAGGAGGCAAAGAAGCCGGUGAUGGUUUGGAUCCACGGCGGGGGUCUUCUCCUGGGGGCAGCCUCCACUUACGACGGGUCCGCCUUGGCCGCCUUUGAGGAUGUGGUGGUGGUGGCCAUCCAGUACCGGCUGGGCAUCCUUGGCUUCCUCAGCACCGGCGAUGACCACGUUCCCGGGAACUUGGGUUUCCUGGACCAAGUGGCGGCUCUCAAGUGGGUCCAGGGGAACAUCGGACACUUUGGGGGUGACCCGGGAUCCGUGACGAUAUUCGGAGAGUCGGCAGGAGGCUUCAGCACUUCUGCUCACGUUUUGUCCCCUCUGUCCAAGGGUCUUUUCCACAGAGCCAUCUCCGAGAGCGGCGUUGCUGCCAUGGAUGUCAUCGUAGAUCUCCAUCCAGAAAGGCUCGCAAAGAAAAUUGCCCAAACUGCCGGUUGCCAAGCCUUCGAUUCUGCCGAGAUGCUCCGUUGCCUCAAGGGAAAGACGGCAGAAGAAAUCUUAGAGACGACUCUCAAGAUGGAGUUCACCCACCUGCCCUUGGAGGACAAUGAUCAGAAGACGCUCUUCAUGCCUGCCGUGGUGGACGGCGUGUUUUUACCGAAGCGCCUGCUGGAUGAGAAGGGGGGCGGCAACGGCGUGCCCUACAUCAUCGGCGUCAACAACCAUGAAGCGGGGUGGCUCAUCCCCAGCAUGAUCCAUUUACCAGACUUAGACAAGGGCUUCGACAGGAAGACGGCCGAACUCAUCCUGCGCAGCAGCGCAGAGACCAUCAUGAAAACUGCCCACGAACACCACCACAUCAUUGUCAAUGAAUACCUGAAGGACAUCCAGGACCCCCUUCAGCUCCGAGACCAGGUCCUGGAAGCCCUUGGGGACGUGGUCUUUGUGGCGCCUGCCAUCCGCACCGCCCGGCACCAUCGGGACGCUGGCCACCCGACUUACGUCUAUGAGUUCCGGCACAGCCCCAGUUGGCACGCGGGCCUGAGGCCGGACUUCGUUCAGGCAGACCACGGCGACGAGGUUUUCUUUGUCUUUGGGAAGCCCUUCUUAGCAGGUGAAGGCACCGAGAAAGAGAGAACUCUUAGCAAAACAGUUAUGAAAUACUGGGCCAAUUUUGCUCGCAACGGGGACCCCAAUGGGCCUGGUCUCGUGACCUGGCCUUCCUACGGCCAGGAGGAGCAGUACCUGGACAUUGGCUUGAAGCAAAAGGUGGCCAAGAAGCUGAAAGAGAAGCAGGUUCGCUUCUGGACCCAGACUUUGCCUGAAAAAGUUGCAGAAGGGAGAGAGGGGCACAGUGAGCUCUGAGCCUUUCCCCCCCAUUGGGGUUCCUGCUUCUCCCCAUAGGAUUCUCUGGGUCUGUGUCCAUCGAUCGCAGGACACUGGGAGAGGAAGGCAAGGAGAAGAGGGUUAAACACUGGAUUUGGUGCUUUUGAAUAACUUGUUUGCUUUUCUAGUGAAAGGUUAAAUGCCAUCACCUCUUUUUUGGCACUCAUUUCUGUACAAUCUUCGAUGCUUCCGGUUUCUGUGUGUAACGGGAUCAGGCCAAACACAUGAAACCUUUUCAUAAGUAAUUAAUAAAAAGACACUCUAUUAUUA